CAACACAACAACAAAUUCCAAUUGGAAAUAGAAACGAAACAAUGCAGAUUGCUGCAUUAUUAUACAAGUGAAGAGAGUGCCAUUUUCGGCUGCUAUUUUUUUGCCCGUCUCUGUGUCUGUGUGUAUGUGUGUGCGCUGAGGUGUUUGUUGGCGAACGACAGCGGAAGGCAACAAGCAAACAAACAAACAAACAAACAACACACAGGACUUUUCUUUGGCAGGAAAUCUGAUAUAGCCGUGGAUCGGAAUCGGAAUCGGAAUUGAAAUCAGAAGAUAUACGGAGAAACGAACGAGGAGAAGCGACGGGCGAGACAGCAAAGUGACUGUAAUCCCAGCAAUAUUCGUUCAAUGACAGCAGCCGCGGCAGUUUUUACCGCUGCUGUUGCUGCUGUUGUCUGCGCUGGCCACGCCUCCUCCGCCCCCAAUAAGGACCACUUAAAGGUGGAGAAAGCAGAAGAGCACAGUUAACAACGCCCCAAGAGCAACGGAGACGGGAAGAAUUCGUUGUGGUCCUGGUCAAGAAAGAGGACCAUUUUAAGGACAGACAACCCGAGUCAAGUACAGUCUAUAAUCUUCGUUAAAGCAGGAGAGAUCAACGUGUCACGAUGGUGAAGACGUUUCAGGCCUAUCUGCCGUCCACGAAUCGGACCUAUUCAUGUGUUCACUGCCGCGCCCACCUCGCCUCCCACGACGAGCUCAUCUCGAAGUCGUUCCAGGGCAGCCAGGGUCCGGCCUAUCUGUUCAACUCGGUGGUGAACGUGGCCUGCGGCCAGACGGAGGAACGGGUGCUCCUCACCGGCCUCCAUGCGGUGGCGGACAUCUAUUGUGAGUGCUGCAAAACACCGCUCGGCUGGAAGUAUGAGCACGCCUACGAGUCCAGCCAGAAGUACAAGGAGGGCAAGUUCAUCAUCGAGCUGGCGCACAUGAUAAAGGAGAACGGCUGGGACUGAAUGACUGGCAGCAUUAUGGGCUAAUAAAGGAAUCAGAAAUCAGGAGCACACCCGUAAGAGGAUCAGGAAUAGCAGCAGCAGCAGCAGGUGCAGCAUCAGCGAUGGCGGCAGCGGGAAAAGCAGCGAGUUCACCACACAAAACAACACACACGCAGCAAAUGGCAGACAUAGAGUGUUUACAAAAUGGCUAAAGUCUGGGAAAAGUCUGGGAAAUGUGGAAAAGGGAGAGAAAAACAGAAACAAAAAACAAAAAAAGAUAGAAAGAAAAACGGAACCGAAAGCGGGAUCGAGUUUUUAGGGUACAACAAUAUAUAUAUGCUAUUAUAUAGUGCAUAAAUCGUCGUAUCUUAUAGAACAAAGCAAAACCAAUCAACCAACCAACCAAUCAACCAACCAAGAGAAACAAACAGAUACACCAUCACACAUACGAUCGAUCGGUACACCCAUUAUAUAGAAAGCUUGAUUGGGCUUGGGAAGGAUCUCUGCGCUGGCCGCCAUUUAGGAUUUCCACACACACCUUCAUUUCGAUUACCAUUACCAUUUAAACCACUUCGUUUUCCCUUUUACCAUUUUGCGUUGCAAGUUGAUUCAAUAAUGUGUACUAUCUGUUCGGAGCUUGCCUUAAUUCGAUGAUUUCAAUUUGUAAAACUGGUAAAAGCCACACGCAAAACAGAACUUGCACUGCCAAUAAACAAGAGAAAUGUUUAGCAACCAAUACUAAAAAAAAAACAGCAACAGCAGCAGGAACCAUUUGAAACACAUGCAAAAUCAAAAGUCAGGAAAACAAAUUGAUAACACUCACCGACACGCAAACACAUACACACACACACAUAUUUUCAACGUAGUAGAUAUAUUUAAUAAAAUAAUUAAAAUUAAUUAUUUAAUGCAAUUUAGCUUAAACAAACAAAAACACACGAAAAAAGCAAGAAAACUUAACUAAAUUUUUGUCAAUGUGUAAAGCGAAAAGAACAACAAAAAACAAAGGUGGCAAGGUGCGCAUAUCCGCCGCCAGAUGGCGUCCUGGUGAUGUUCGGUCGACAUCCUGUGGAUGCCACUCGGUUUUCGGGAAUGGUAAACCAAUGCACGGGGGAAAAAGGGGGUGGGAAAUGAAAGAAAUUAUAUAAAAUACAAGCAUAUGAAAUGCAUAAAUUUAGAAAGAAUAUAAAUAUAUAUAUAUAUAUAUAUAUGUAUAUUUAUGUAUGUGAGAGAAAUGCGUAUUUAUGUCGCAAAUAUCGUACAUUAAUCAAAUCGAUGGAAAGCUGAAGAAAGCAAGGAAAGCAUAUAUAAAACGACGGAAAAAAAGAUCGCGGGCAUAUUUUUAAAGCAAAACGAAUUAUGAAUAUAUAUGCAAGAAAAAUAACUGCCAAGAACUAUUCAAGUUAAAUGAUGUUCUCUAAGUAGUUACAUAAAUGUAUCUGAGGAAUAUAUUUUGUGGUAGCAUUAAAAUAAAAUAAACUAAAAUUAAAAAGAAAAUAACAAUAAAACGGAAUAAAACAACAGAGUUCAAUAAAAACAAAGAAAUCAAAUCCCUUUCGACAUCGAGUAACAAUGAAAUUGAUAAAAAUUAUUUGUGUCCUUAUUUAUAUCCUCUUAAGCAAUUGGCCGUACUUAAACUCGAUCUAUAUAUAUACAAAUAUAUCUUAUCUUUCCAACUUAAAACUUAGUUUUGUCAGAGCUUUGAGCUUUGUUCGACCAUUUAGGCAUUGACUACUGUACUCCAUGCAUGUGAUGCACCAUGAACGAAACACAAAUUUUGAAAACAAAAGAGGAAUUCAUACAAGAAACGAAAAAUCAACUGAUGUUAGUAUUUAUAUACAUACAUGCCACUAUACAUUCUUGCAUACAUACAUACUAAAACGAGACCACCUUUACAUUAAAAAAAGAAAAACAUUAAAACACAUCAAAGUACAGUCAGCGACAUGAAGCCGAUUAAGAUGUAUUAAAUCUCAAUUCAAGAUUGCAAUAAAGCGCAUUUUUAGCUCAA